AUGUCUAAUUAUAAACAGCUCCCAAGUCCACCUCCACGGGACAAUUUAGAAUCCUUCUCUCCAGAAUUAAUCACUUCUUUAAUUCCUGAACAAAUUCUUACCUCAGUAUCGAAUUGUUUAACUUCGCCACAAGAUCUUGCAGCUCCAGCUGCUAUUUUAACCUUAACUUCCCGGCAAGUCACAACCCUUCCUUCAAAUUCCCAGCAAGUUUUUGCUCCGACAGCGAUUCAUUCUUUGACCCCUCAGCAAUUAUCUGCUUUGGCUGUGCCAACAGCAACGUCUUCAACCACUCGACAAGAUUUUGUAUCAACUUUGACUCUUUCAUCAACCUCCCAACGUGUUCUUGCACCGACAGGGGUUCCUCCUUCCACUUCCAGUCAAGUUUUUGCAUCAUUAGCGACGACUUCUACUCAACAAGCUAUCGAUACAGCAGCUAUUUUGACUUAUCAACAAGCUCCUGCGCAAACAACAGCCUCUCUUUCAAUUUUUCAAUCUGGUUUAAUCCAAGGAAACAACGUAUUCUUACUCAAUUCUACCCAUACAUUGGAUACACCGAACUUUAUUGACGUGCUUUUUAAAGGAGACAUUGGUUGGUGGAAAAACGAGUAA